UGUCUCCCUAUCCCUCCUGGUCUUCUCCCUGCUCCCGCUCCCGGCUCCCGCUCCUCCUCGGGACCGGCAGGAUGGUGGACUUGGAGAGCGAGGUCCCUCCCCUGCCCCCCAGGUACAGGUUUCGGGAUUUGCUGCUGGGGGACCAAGGGUGGCAGAACGACGACAGGGUGCAAGUUGAAUUCUAUAUGAAUGAAAAUACAUUUAAAGAGAGGCUGAAGUUAUUUUUCAUCAAAAACCAGCGAUCAAGUCUAAGAAUACGAUUAUUCAAUUUCUCCCUCAAGUUAUUAAGCUGCUUACUUUACAUAAUUCGAGUGCUACUGGAUGAUCCUAAACAAGGCUAUGACUGGUCACAUAUUAUUUGGGUGAAUAGAAGUCUACCUUUAUGGGGCUUACAGGUUUCAGUGGCAUUGAUAAGUUUACUUGAAACGAUGCUUCUUGGUUACCUGAGUUAUAAAGGAAACAUCUGGGAACAAAUUUUCCGAAUAUCCUUCAUCCUGGAAAUAAUCAAUGCUGUUCCCUUCAUCGUCACAAUUUUUUGGCCUGGCUUAAGGAAUCUUUUCAUCCCUGUCUUUCUGAAUUGUUGGCUUGCCAAACAUGCUUUGGAAAAUAUGAUUAAUGAUCUUCACAGGGCUAUUCAACGUACGCAAUCUGCAAUGUUUAAUCAAGUUUUGAUUUUAAUAUCGACAUUACUGUGUCUUAUCUUCACUUGUAUUUGUGGAAUUCAACACCUGGAGCGUGCAGGGAACAAGCUGACCCUCUUUGACUCCCUUUAUUUCUGCAUAGUGACGUUUUCUACUGUUGGCUUUGGGGACGUCACGCCUAAAUUCUGGCCCUCAAAACUGUUUGUCGUCGUGAUGAUCUGCGUUGCUCUUGUAGUGCUACCCAUCCAGUUCGAGCAACUCGCCUAUUUGUGGAUGGAGAGGCAGAAGUCUGGUGGAAACUACAGUCGUCAUAGAGCACAGACAGAGAAACAUGUUGUACUCUGUGUCAGUUCUCUGAAGAUCGACCUGCUUAUGGAUUUCUUAAAUGAGUUUUAUGCUCAUCCUCGUUUACAGGACUAUUAUGUGGUGAUUUUGUGCCCCACUGAAAUGGAUGCUCAGGUACGAAGAGUCCUGCAAAUCCCCAUGUGGUCGCAAAGGGUUAUCUAUCUUCAGGGCUCAGCCCUUAAGGAUCAGGACCUGUUGAGAGCAAAAAUGGAUGAUGCUGAAGCCUGCUUUAUUCUGAGCAGCCGGUGUGAGGUAGACAGGACAUCGGCUGAUCACCAAACAAUUUUAAGAGCGUGGGCCGUUAAAGAUUUCGCUCCAAAUUGCCCUUUGUAUGUUCAGAUAUUAAAGCCAGAAAAUAAAUUCCACAUCAAAUUUGCUGAUCAUGUUGUGUGUGAAGAGGAAUUUAAGUACGCAAUGUUAGCAUUAAAUUGUAUCUGCCCAGCCACAUCAACCCUGAUUACUCUGUUGGUCCAUACUUCCAGAGGACAAACAACAACCUGGGAAGCUUUUAGACCUCUAACUGGAACCAAGCAGACUUUUCACAGAGAGGGCCAGCAGUCACCAGAACAGUGGCAGAAGAUGUAUGGACGUUGCUCUGGCAAUGAAGUGUACCACAUCAUCAUGGAGGAGAGUACAUUUUUCGCUGAAUAUGAGGGAAAGAGCUUCACAUAUGCCUCUUUCCAUGCACAUAAAAAGUUUGGCGUCUGUUUGAUUGGUGUUAGGAGAGAAGACAAUAAAAAUAUUUUACUAAAUCCAGGCCCGCGAUACAUUUUGAGUUCUACAGACAUUUGCUUUUACAUUAAUAUUACCAAAGAAGAAAAUUCAGCUUUCAAAAACCAAGAGCAACAGAGAAAAAACAAUACAGCAAGAUCAUUCUAUCAUGGGACUUCCAGAUUACCAGUGCAUAGUAUAAUAGCCAGCAUGGGCACCGUAGCUAUAGACCUUCAAGAUACCGGCUGCAGAUCCUCAAGUGGACCAACUCUGUCUCUGCCCUCAGAAGUGGGCAAAGAAAUCAGAAGACCGAGCAUAGCUCCUGUUUUAGAGGUUGCAGACACAUCAUCUAUUCAGACAUGCGAUCUUCUCAGUGAUCAAUCAGAAGAUGAAACUACACCUUCAGAUGAUGAAGUAUCUACAAACUUAGAAUAUGCGAAAGGCUACCCGCCUUACUCUCCAUAUAUUGGAAGCUCACCCACUUUUUGUCAUCUGCUCCAUGAAAAAGUGCCAUUUUGCUGCCUAAGAUUAGACAAGAGCUGCCAACAUAAUUAUUAUGAGGAUGCAAAAGCCUAUGGAUUCAAAAAUAAACUGAUUAUAGUUGCAGCUGAGACAGCUGGAAAUGGAUUGUAUAACUUUAUUGUUCCUCUCAGGGCAUAUUACAGACCAAAGAAAGAACUUAAUCCUAUAGUUUUACUAUUGGAUAACCCGCCAGAUAUGCAUUUUCUGGAUGCAAUCUGUUGGUUUCCAAUGGUUUACUACAUGGUGGGCACUAUUGACAACCUAGAUGACUUGCUCAAGUGUGGAGUGACCUUUGCUGCCAACAUGGUGGUCGUGGAUAAAGAAAGCACCAUGAGCGCUGAAGAGGACUACAUGGCUGAUGCCAAAACGAUUGUGAACGUGCAGACACUCUUCAGGUUGUUUUCCAGUCUCAGUAUUAUUACAGAGCUGACUCACCCAGCCAACAUGAGAUUUAUGCAGUUCAGAGCCAAAGACUGUUAUUCUCUUGCACUUUCCAAACUAGAAAAGAAAGAACGGGAGAAAGGUUCUAAUUUGGCAUUUAUGUUCCGGCUCCCUUUUGCUGCUGGAAGGGUGUUCAGUAUCAGUAUGUUAGACACGCUCCUAUACCAGUCAUUUGUGAAGGAUUAUAUGAUCUCUAUCACCAGACUUCUGUUGGGACUGGAUACCACACCAGGAUCAGGCUUUCUUUGUUCUAUGAAAAUUACAGAAGAUGAUCUUUGGAUCAGAACGUAUGCCCGACUCUAUCAGAAGCUCUGUUCUUCUACAGGAGAUAUUCCCAUUGGAAUCUACAGAACUGAAUCCCAAAAGCUUACAACAUCUGAGUCACAGAUUUCUAUCAGUGUAGAAGACUGGGAAGACACCAAAGAUACCAAAGAGCCCACGCACCAUCGCAACAACCAUCGCAACUCAACAUCCAGCGACCAAUCGGACCAUCCACUGUUGCGGCGGAAGAGCAUGCAGUGGGCCCGGAGGCUGAGCCGGAAAGUUCCCAAGCACUCCGGCAAAACCGCUGAAAAGAUAAGCCAGCAGCGCCUGAACCUUUACAGGAGGUCGGAAAGACAGGAGCUCGCGGAACUGGUGAAAAAUAGAAUGAAACACUUGGGUCUUUCCACAGCGGGAUACGAUGAAAUGAAUGAUCAUCACAACACCCUCUCCUACAUCCUGAUAAAUCCUUCUCCAGACACAAGAUUGGAGCUGAAUGAUGUUGUGUACUUAAUCCGCCCCGAUCCAAUGGCAUAUCUACCCAACAGUGUCCCCAGCCGGAAAAGUAGCAUUGGCCAUACCCCCGGACAAGAUGGUAGAGAAGAAACCCAACUUUGAUAAAUAUGAAUACCAAUAACUGACUAUUUUUCUACAAAUACAUUGAUUCCGUCAAGCCUAAUUCCUAGGAAAAAGUGAUAUUGGCAUGAAAGGAAUGCACUGGAAAAGCUUCAGUUCCUUACAAACAGAACUCUUGCACUUCGAUUGUAGCUGAUUUAUAAACUUUGUAUGCCAUUUUUUUUCCAGUGUUCAUUUGAAAUACUUUACCGGACUGAUUCUGUGAAACUGUAAACAGUAAGGGAAAAGGACUGAUAAUUGAAGAACAACUGAACAGUGCAGACUUCAAGACAGGAAAAUGACAAUCCAAUUUGAAGGAGAGUAUAAGAAAUCAAAACUCUUUCCGAGAAUCUUCUGCACUUUCGAUUGGUUGUAAGCUCCUUGAGGGCAGCCAACUUAAAUAGUAAUUUUAUUGCACUCUUCCAAGUGCUCAGUACAGUGCUCUGCACACAGUAGGUACAAUUGAUUGAUUGAAUCUGCUGCUUCUAAAAGAGUGCAUGGCAAGAGAUAGUCUUUCAAAUGAAACUCUGUACCCAUGUCCAAAAAUGUCAGUGAACACUGAUAGACAAUGUUUUAUGUGUAUAACUACUGUAACAGAAUAAUACUUUGCUGUUAGAGUGCAGAUAUUCAGUUCAUUUAAGCCUUUG